AUGGGGCUCAUUACAGAAACAAGCCAGCCUCCAAAGGAGUCUCCAAAAUGGUCCGUCAACUCCUAUCUGUUGACGAACGCAAUCAUUUUUGCAUUGGCAGGGAUCUGUAAGGGCUUUGAUGAAGCGAACAUCGCAUGUCUUGUCGUACAGUCCCGGUUCCGCGUCACAUUCGGGGUCGAUAGACAGUCACCAGACGAAUAUGCCAACACGAAAGGGUGGAUCGUAUCGAUUUUCACAGCUGGGGCAAUCUUUGGCUGUCUGGCUUGCUUGCCAGUUAAUGACCGCUUGGGAAGAAAGUGGAGUUUGCGUCUGUCAACGUUGAUCUAUGCAGCAGGAGUCGCCGGGCAGGCGCUCAGCCAUGGCAAUCUGUCAGCCUUUUACGCAUCCAGGUUCAUCGCUGGAUUUGGUGGUGGAGGCAUCACUGUCGUUCCUUCGAUGUAUAUUUCGGAGAUUGCACCCAAGAGAAUUCGCGGACUUCUCGCUAUCCAGUACUCCACCUGCCAACAGCUGGGUUCUGUCUUCGGCUUUUUCAUCAACUAUGGCCUCACCAAGGCGUAUGCUGGAAAGGACCUGCAAUGGAUGGUUCCUACAUUGCUCCAGCUAGUACCGGCGGUAAUCUGGGGUUUUGGGACGUUUCUGUGUGUGGAAUCUCCUCGAUGGUUACUGUACGUCGGCCGGCGCGAACAAGCCAUUGCCACGGUAUCCCGACUCCGCGGCUUGCCCAAUGGCCAUACCGAAGUGAUUUCCGACAUCCAGAUCAUGGAAUCGCAGAUCUUGUACGAGCGGGAGGCUGUCGUGGGAGCGACGCAGUGGGACCUGGUGAAAGAAGUGCUACUUCCAGUCGAAAAUCGACGCCGCUUCCUGCUUGUCUUCAUGGCGCACCUAUUCUCUCAAUGGUCGGGCGCGAGUGCCAUUACUCAAUAUCUCCCCACAAUCUUCGGCUACUUGAAUAUGCCGAGUGAGACCGCCUCGCUAGCGACCGGUUUCUACGCGGUGGUCAAGUUUGUCAGCUGCCUAAUCUUCUCAUUGCUGGUGAUUGAUUUCAUCGGACGUCGGAGGUCUCUGAUGACGGGGAUCACGCUUCAAACCACCACCCUGGUCUACCUGGCGUGCUAUCUUGGCAUCGCUCGCACGAUGACCGCGGCCCACAUCUCCAAUACCCCGAGCGCAUCUCGAGCCUCGACGGGAGCUGUGGCAGCUAUCUUCAUCCAUGGGGUUGGGUGGAACAUCGGGUGGCAUGGUAUGCCGUAUCUAAUCGGGGCAGAAGUGUACCCGAUCCGCAUCCGAUCGCUGGCUGUUUCGAUGGGCAUGGCCUUUCACUGGGUGUUCUUCUUCGGAUGUUCUCGGGCGACUCCCGAUAUGCUGGAGGUAAUGCAAGAAUGGGGCGCAUUCGCCUUCUUUGCCUGCAUAUGUUUUGUUUCUCUGAUUUAUGUGUUCUUUGCGAUGCCGGAUACGACCGGACGAUCUUUGGAGUCACUGGAUAGUUUGUUCCAGCGGCCCUGGUACAAAGUCUACCAGGUGGCCUAUGCAAAGAAUGACAAUGUGGGAGGCGUGGUGUAAAAAAAAAAAAAAGUAGCAGUGGAAGGGAGAUGGG